UGAGGCCCAGUUCGGGCCCCAGUAGUCUCUAGUCAUCAUCACGUAAAGCACCGAGGGUUACCGAAGCAUUAGGGAAAACCCCGUGACUGAUAUCGGUCGUUCCGCAAGACUACAAUAAAUUACAAUUGGUGUUCAUCAUCUGUGGCAGACAUGAAGACAAAGCUGAUUUGUCUCCUCGUGUGCCUGGGAGCCGUGAACGCUCUGACGAGAAAGCAAGAGGCUGCUGAACAAAGUCGACGUAAGACGGCCUCACCGUCUCAGAAAAAAGAGCCUGUUCAGGAAGACGAGUACGAGGAUGAGGAACUAGCGGAUGAGUGUCCUGAACCUAAUGGAUACUUUCCGGAUGCUGAACAAUGCGACAAAUAUUAUGAUUGUCGCGACGGCAAGGGUACUGAGAAAUUAUGCCCCGAUGGGCUAGUAUUCAAUGACUUCAGUCCCCAACAUGAAAAGUGUGACUUGCCUUUCGGUAUUGAUUGCUCCAAGAGGCUGAAACUCCAAAAGCCUCAACCCAGUCAACAUUGUCCACGUAUGCAUGGUUACUUCGCACAUGAAGACGCAAAGAUAUGUGAUACAUUUUAUUAUUGCGUGGAAGGUAAAUUCAACAUGAUCACCUGCCCUGACGGUUUGGUAUUCUCUGAGAAGACUGGCAUAUGCAACUGGCCCGAUGAGGCCCAGAAAAAGGGCUGCGGCUCCAGGGAACUUUUCAACUUCACUUGUCCCAAGGUCGACGACUCGGUCGCGGCGACGCAUCCUCGUUACGCUGAUGCCGAAGACUGUCAAUACUUUUAUGUCUGUGUCAAUGGCGAAAUUCCACGAAGAAGUGGAUGCAAACUUGGACAGGCUUUUGACGAAAGGACCGGCAAGUGCGAUUGGGCCCGAAAGAUUCCAGAAUGCAAGGAUUGGUACAAGGGUCAACUCACUGAUCAGGAAUUGGAUGCUUUGGAGAAUCCACCUCCAAAACCAAAACCUACUGGGGGACCAAGCAGGCGAAAGAGUUCAAGACCCACGUAGAAACAAGACUCGAUAUUUAGCAUUAAGAUACAUUUUUAUUAAUUUGUACAAUAAACAUUUUCACAUCAA